ACGUGUUGAAGAUAUGUGAAAUAUAAACUAGUACAAAAAUUUUGAAUUAAAAUUUAUAUCACAAAACGUUUUACACUUCACUAACUUAAAAUUAGAUUCAUUUUUGCACGGGUUUCAAUAAAACUACAAUUCAAUCUCUGAGGACUAAACAUGGUUCACAAGACUUUAAUAGCAUCGAUAGUUCGAUGUUUGUCACAGUUAUUGGAAGAAGAUGACUUAACUGCGGAUUCUCGUGAAAGCUUAGAAGUCUCAAUCCAAUGUUUAGAAAGUGCGUAUGGAGUUCAAGCUGCAAAUGUUUCAUCGAAUUUUGAUAUAUUAAAAAUAUUUAAAUCAAUUCAAUCAAAGUCAAUGCAGAUAGCCAGCCAUGAAGCUACGUUGGAAGAUAAAGAAACAUCUGAGAAACUUAAGAAUGAAGGGAAUUUGCUGUUAAAGUCUGAGAAGUUUCACGAAGCACUCAUCAAGUAUACAAAAGCAAUUGAACUUGAUGCUAAAAAUGCAGUUUUUUACUGCAAUAGAGCAGCUGUACAUAGCAAAUUAGGAAAUCACUACCAAGCCAUUAAAGACUGUCAGACUGCCCUAUCCAUCGACUCUUCAUACAGUAAGGCUUACGGAAGAUUGGGGUUAGCUUAUUCUAGUUUGAAUAAAUUUAAAGAAGCUAAGGAAUGUUAUGAAAAAGCUCUGAAGUUAGAACCAGAUAAUGAAAGUCUUAAAAACAAUUUGCAAAUUGCUGAAGAGAAACUUUUUCAAAUACAACCUGAGAUAACUGAUACAGGGCGUGCAUCGAACAUUGUUCCAAACGUUGAUUUAAGCUCUUUGCUUAGUGAUCCUUUCUUAAUGAACAUGGCUAGACAGAUGCUUUCUAAUCCAGCAAUGCAAAAUAUGAUGAGUAAUAUUAUGAGUGGACAUGCUGAACAAGGUGAGAGGAUGGAUGCUUUAAUAGAAGCAGGUCAACAGUUAGCUCAACAAAUGCAAACGGCAAAUCCAGAACUGAUUGAAUCUCUUCGUCGUCAAAUAAAUGAAAGUCCAAGUGAUGUGGAAUCAACAAAUAAAAAAGAUUUAUGAGGGAAAAUACAAAUUAAAUAUCUUCUU